AUGGACCCCAGGCAGGGGUUCUCCCUCCACAGGCACCACUCCCACCCAGUUCAAGGCUGUGAGCCCGGCAAGCUUAGACACCAGCAGCCAGGGCUGAGAUCUUACCCGAAUAGUUUCCAGCUCCAGCAAAUAGAGUUUCUCAGGGGGCGGCUCCCUGCCGUGCCCCUCACUGGAAAGCAGACCCCUUCGCUGCCACCGUUCGCCCCUGCGCUCUGGCCGCGGCUUCCAGGGCCACCUGCCAGAAGCAGGGGACUGGAGGCCUGGGGUCUCCCCAGGGGCGUGCCUCCCAGAAGUCAGGUGCUCCAGAGAGGGUCCUGGUGUCCUGCCCCACGUGGCAGGGCUUUGCCGAGGAGAGGCGUCGACAGGCUUUCCUCACGUUUCCAGGACCUGGGUAUCAGCCAGGGCCAGGAACGGACGGUCUUAGAGCUUUUGCGGGAGCUGGGGGAAGGGAAGGCGGCCACAGCACAUGAUCUGGCUGGGAAGCUCGGAGUCCCAAAGAAGGAAGUCAAUCGAGUCUUAUAUUCCCUGGCAAAGAAGGGUAAGCUCCAUCAGGAGGCGGGAACGCCCCCCUUGUGGAGAAUCGCCCCCGCGGUUCAGGCCUGGAACCCGCGUAGCCAAGUAGCCGACGCAGACCGUGCUCGCCAGGACGCUGGGAACCCGGACCCGGGUUUGGACCCUGAAGACCGGAGCUCCGAGUCUGAGUCGGAAGCCGCUCCUGAGCCUUCGGACAUGGCUGAGAUCAAAGAGAAGAUCUGCAGCUACCUGUUCAACGUGUGCAACGCCUCUGCCCUGAACUUGGCCAAAAACAUCGGCCUCAGCAAGGCCCGAGACGUCAGUGCCGUGCUGAUCGACUUGGAACGGCAGGGGGACGUGUGCCGGCAGGGGACGACCCCCCCGGUGUGGUACCUGACUGACAGGAAGCGCGAGCGGAUGCAGAUAAAGAGAGACCCGGACGGCGCGCCCGAGGCCGGUCCGGCUGCCGUCCCUGAGGCCAAGGGAGACGUGGCGCUCCCGCCCCGCGACGCGGCCGUGCCCCACGCCGCGGACGACGCGGUGGCCAUAGAAGACGCGGAGAAUGGCCGGGAACCUGCCGCAAAGCUGGAGGGCAGGCGGGAGGCCGCGCCGGAGCCGGCGAAGCCAAAGCCGCCCGCUCAGGACAACGGCCCCUCGAAGACAGGGUACGUGGACUUUGAAAACGGCCAGUGGGCCACGGACGACAUCCCAGAUGACUUGAACAGCAUCCACGCAGCCCCAGGUGAGUUUCGAGCCAUCAUGGAGAUGCCCUCCUUCUACAGUCACGGCUGGCCGCGGUGCUCGCCCUACAAGAAGCUGGCGGAGUGCCAGCUGAAGAACCCCGUCAGCGGGCUGCUGGAGUACGCCCAGUUCGCCGCUCAGCCCUGCGAGUUCCACCUGCUGGAGCAGAGCGGGCCGCCCCACGAGCCCCGAUUUAAAUUCCAAGUCAUCAUUGGUGGCCGAGAGUUUCCCCCAGCAGAAGCUGGCAGCAAGAAGGUGGCCAAGCAGGACGCAGCCCUCAAAGCCAUGACCAUCCUGCUGGAGGAGGCUAAAGCCCGGGACAGCGGGCGGGCAGAAGAGCCCUACGACUGCUCCGUAGAGAAGGGGUCGGAGAAGACCACGGAGUCCCAGCCCAGCACCACGUCGGCAACGCCCUUCUUCUCCGGGAAGAACCCCGUCACGACCUUGCUAGAGUGCGUGCACAAGCUGGGGAGCUCCUGUGAAUUCCGCCUCCUGUCCAGAGAAGGCCCUGCCCACGACCCCAAGUACAUCGCUGUGUCCUGUGUCUCUGCCGAGGCUUCCUCCAAAGGGAGCCCCCUGCUGGCCUCCUGA